CCUGUGCGGCAUGCAGGGCUGCGCUACACAUUUCGGCAGGUGUCAGUCGCAGUCGCAUCGGCAGACUCUGCACGGGACUUGAUCGACACACGACCACCACGACUCGACUAGCGCACUUCGCGGAUAUCUGGCAGUGUUGGAAUAUCUUGCCACCAACGCUGCUAGACUUGACCAAGACUUUAGUUAGUACAAAAUGAACUAGCCAUACCAGUGUUGGCCCAGUUCCGUGUGCAGAGCUCGUAAUGACUAUGUCGUAUCGUGCAGGCCGACUUUAUUCAUUCAUGUGCAUCUUGUAAAUCUUGUCGCGUGUCCACCACUAGUGCACUGAACCUGCGAGCUGGCCGACCUUGUCCACGAAAUCAGCCGAGCUUCCUGCUCCUCCCCGAUAAAUCCAGGUCAAAGGCUCAAACUGUUGAGUGUUGUUACAUGCUUGGCGCAUUUCCUCUCGGCAACAAGCCCAUUUGUCCCGAUCUUCAGUUUGUGUGUUCCAUUUCUCCGGAUUGGUUUUGGACAUUCACAGCUAGUAUUCCUGCUCCCCGUCCCGGAUGAAACAGUCUUAUCUGGAACUAAGAUCAAAACUAAUCGACCAGGGAUAUACGAAUCGUUAUUGUAGGGAAACGAAAGGCAUUUUUCAACGGCCUCGUCGUUACAAAGUUAGUUUAGUUGCAAGAACAUCUGAGGCCGGUUGACUGGCAAGACGAGUCAAGUGUGUGUUGUUCUCUGCAGUUCAUAUCAGUGCCCUUGCUGCGCCACGACGGCCACUUGAAAACUGCAGAGGGAAGGUGUGUGUAUUAAUCUUAUUGCUAGCAGACCUGCUGUCCUACAUGUACUGUGUGUACUGCUGCUCACUGAUGCAGUGCCCAAGUGCGACACCUCAGCGAAGAGAGGUUUGACAAGCGCUAAAUUAAUGGGCACGAAUCUCUGGGCGAAGUAGUCGAGAAGAGCCCUAUCUGCCUCAGCCAGUGCAUCCAUUACAUCAAAUAAUUUGCAGCCGAGUGCUCUGCUGGAAAUGGAUGGAAAGAAGAUGCAAUCUCCGCCGGGAACUCCGGAACCUACAGGUUCCGUUCUGGACGCUCAGGCUACUUCUAGUACUAGUACUACUACUAGUUCCGGAGCACCGAACAGCGGCGCACCGAAACCCAAAUCCCAAUCUCCUGUGGAUCCGCCAAGAGUCCGGCACAACACGCACGAUGCAGCCAUGCAGGGUUUCGUGUUUGUCACAGCCGCUGAAAGAACGUUCCUGUCGACAAAACGUGUGUCCCGCGAGUAUGCCAUUCUGCGCAAGGCACGCACUACAACUGGCCUGGGAGCAGUGUUGGAGUUCUACCCGACCAGCGGUAACUUCAGCAGUCCAACCAAGGUGCUGAGUAUGUCCUCACUUCUGAAAGUCGAAAUCACUCAGGAGACACAUAGGAAACGAUACGGAUUUCAGGUCUGUGCUUUCGGGCAGCGCAUGGAGAUCAGCUGCAAAGUCAGCAAGGACCGAGACAAGUGGGUUGAGGCCAUUCGGCAACAGAUGAUUCUGUCAAGAGAGGAUAUCUCGCCCAGGAACGAACUGGAUGACCUGGAUGAGGAUGACGAGGAGGAGUGCGCAACGUAUGUUGAAAAUACGAGAGAUACGUUCACCUGCACCGCUGUGGACACACUUCUCUCCAAACGGCUUGGAAUCUCCGGCAAAGAGUGCACUCUCCAGCUGGGUGCGCAUGGUCUUAAAUUGAGUGGCUCUGCUGGCGAAAUGGAUCUAUGGGAGCUGGAGGAGCUGAUCCAUGUCGAGCAACAAACCGUGGAUAAGAUCGGCGACAUGCUGAUGUUCAUCCUGAAAUCGCACAACAAUGAACAAGCACACCCAGUGGAAGUUCUCCAAAUCAUACACAAAUCGGCAAACACGAUGCUCAGUAUAGUCAUGGUUCACCUCCAGGCGAAGGCCACGGAUUGGAAGGCCCUCACACUGCCAAAGCGCAGUCGGAGAAGCUCCAAACGGCGCGUAUCGACGGGCUCCAUAACAUCCAACGAUACAGAGUCCUUGAAAUCUCCGGUUGGCUCGAUAUUGGCCGCUGCAAAAGUUGAGAUUAUUGGGACAUCAUUUCCCAGCAAUGACGCGCUCUCUAGUAGAGCAUCGCUGCCUGCUGAAUUGGAUCCUAAGCAGAGAUUGAAGAUUGCCAAGUCACACUCACACGAUGUGUACCGGUCCACUUCCAGCCCCAUAGUCGAAGACCAAUUCCGGGCAUGCCUCGAGUCGAUUUCCGAUCCGGAAGGCACGUCCAUGCUAACAAUGGGAGAGAGUUACCACCUGAAAGCUGCUGCUGGCUCAUUAACACUCCUGGACUGCACUACAGACACACCGAUGAUGAUGUGGAGCCUCGCCGCCGACAUAACUGUCAGCUUGGACAAGCAAGAGUAUAUGACCGUACAUGAGAACCAGGAGAAUGGCAAUUCAUUUGUGUUUCAUUGUGACGAAGCCGAAAUGCUUAUUGAACAGCUCAACUCACCGCAGACUCAGUCUACAGCAGAUACACAAGAGCUGGAACCUGGAGACUCCACUCUGAUACCGGUCGACAUUAUACCAAGCGGCCGACAACCGGAAGACAGUAUCAAGGGACAUUGGCUGUGCCGCCUGACCGCUUCAAACCUGGAGCUGCUCGAUGUUGACAGCAUGGAGGUUGUGCACACGUGGGGAUACCAGGAAAUCGACCAGUACAUCUUUAACGUCGAUUCAGAGACAAUAGACGUUGUGAUGCUGUAUGACAAUGAGAGAUCUUUCCACAUAGCAUCGUCCAACAUCCUUCUCAUUGCAGAGAUGCUUGAUGAGCGUAGCAUGACGACACGCUAUGGGGAUGAAACUGAUGAGGAAGAGAGCGGGAGCUUGCUCAGUGGUGCUUUUCGCUUGAAAGACGCCGGAGAGACGCUGUCAAUUUUGCCAGCCGGCUCCGAAACAAAUGACCAUACUCACCUAUCAGUGGCUGGGGCAGGUGAGCGCCGGCAUAUGAAGAGUCCCAGAGCCAUCUCCGCGCCAAGAUUACAGGUUGUAGCAACUUCUCCCAAGCCGUUGAAAGGGACUGCUGAGGGCGUACGCGUUAGAGCUCACCGGUCUAAGUCAAUGGAGUUCUUGCUAGAUGAUUUCCCCCAAAACCCUCGGCCCCUGUCAGUAGCAUACGACACCGUCAUUGAACGAUCCGUUGACGAUAACGAGACUCCCUCGCCUACUGUCUUGGAAGGCAGGAGCAUUCCACACGACGAAAGCGAGGAAAGUGAAUAUGCCACGCCGCGAGGGAUUGUACGCAGGGGCCAGCAAUCUGCAGCAGACACCACCGGAGGUGACCACUCACAAUCGGACGCGAAGUUCACAAACGUUAGUCCUUAUGCAAUUUUCGACACGUACCCGGGCAUAGCUAAGGAUAUCAACGCCACACCGGCAACAUAUCAUGGUAAACCAGCUGCGCUUCCACCGCCGAAACAGGAUGCCAGUGGGUACACCGAGGCCAAGGAAGGGUGGGUACGUCGUAACAAGGACUCAGUUCUCUGCUCUGGCUACGUGGAAGCCAACUCUCCAUCCCCAGACAAGAUGGAGGAGAUGAAGGUGCUGCAAAGUGACUUACACGUGCUGAAUGAGCAGACAGAGCACACAUAUAUGUCUUUCACUGAUGGAAGACAGCCUGCUCCCCUACCACGCCCCGGUAGGUCGCCAACACCACCUCUUGUCACUGCCUGCUCCAGCACUUACGACAUUCCUUCUACCACAGCCAGCACUCAGGGCACUUCCAAUACCGGCACUUACGGCAGCUCUGCUAGUAGCACGUAUGGCAGCUCCGCCACGAGUACGAAUGACAGCACCACUGGUUCUGAUGAAACGUAUCAAGCCCACAUCAAACGUCACCAGGAUCCGGCUACCUGGCAGACAUCCGUCAACAUCUGCGGCCCAAGCCUUGCCGCCGCUUUUGCUUUCCCGGUGAAAGCUGCCCUCGCACCCGUUCCUACCAACAGAGCACAAUCCUUUAGUGGUGAACUGGAUGGGAGCAAAUCACCUAGGCCUAACGUUAAACCGAGAGAAGUUAAAUCCAAGCCGCACGUACCCACUCCGCCAACCAGUGCAGCGCUGCAACCUCCGACAUUGCCGACAUUGCCGAGAGGCAAGUCUAGACCUACGGCAACCGGCCUUAGCGGCGGAGACAGUGACCCGUCAGCUCAGCCAACUGUGAAAGACCGCACUGCUUCUGAUGCCACAAUGGAUAGGCCUCGUCCGAAGGAUCCUGCCGUCGUGGAAAGGCCCAAGCUGAAGGAUAGCACCGCACUUGAGAAACCCAAGUCUAAAGAUAGCACGACCGACAGACCCAAGCUGAAGGAUAGCGCCACAGUUGAGAAACCCAAGUCUAAAGAUAGCAUGACUGACAGACCCAAGCUGAAGGAUAGCGCCACAGUUGAGAAACCCAAGUCUAAAGAUAGCAUGACUGACAGACCCAAGCUGAAGGAUAGCGCCACAGUUGAGAAACCCAAGUCUAAAGAUAGCACGACUGACAGACUCAAGCUGAAGGAUAGCACUGCAGGUGAGAAACCCAAGUCUAAAGAUAGCACGACCGACAGACCCAAGCUGAAGGACCUGCCAGUUCCAGUGGAUAAGCCAAAGUCGAAAGAUAUAGCAGCGGAUAAAUCCAAGACCAAGGACACAUCGGCCGACAAAUCAAAAGGCAAGGCAAGCAAGUCAGCCAAGCCUCUCCCUCCUCCCCAUCAGCGACCAAGUGCUGAGCAACAGAAAGCCCUGGCCAAGCUAGCCACGGCGGCCGCUACUGCAGCACGCAAACCGCAGAAGUAGCUGCUGCAGUUCUGGCAUGGUCACUGCUGCCACGGUUAGAUUCUUUCAGUGCCAUGGUAACAGGCUGUACAGCGGUGUUCCUCAGCAUUGUUAGUACCAUGGCAACAGACUGUAUAGCUGUGUUCCUCAGCAUUGUUAGUACCAUGGCAACAGGAUGUACAGCUGUGUUCUUCAGCAUUGUUAGUACCAUGGCAACAUGUUGUACAACUGUGUCCUUCAGCAUGGUUCGUACCAUGGCAACAGACUGUACAGUGGUGUUCUUGAGCAUUGUUAGUACCAUGGCAACAGACUGUACAGCGGUGUUCUUGAGCAUGGUGAGUUUACCAUACGGGACUUUCAUACUUGAUAGAUUGUAGGAUGAGAAUACUGCACAAAACUAUAUGAACGUUCGUGCUAGUACUUGAUUCGAUGAUAAUAAUAAUCCUCUUGACACUAUCACGUUGAUUGUUUCCACCAGUAUAUCUACUCUCCAA